GUAGUUAGCGUCAUCUCUUUGGAAACAGCCAACCUCACUUUGCAUUAUCUAUAAAUGUCCAUCUCUCUCUCUCCAGGACGUUGAUUCUAGGGUUUUAUACUGGGUUUUUGGUAGUGAGAGAGGGGACCAUAAAUGGGUUCUAAUCCAGCUAAUUUAUGGGUGCUACUGGGGCUUGGAAUUGCUGGAAUUUUGUUAGUAACCAAAAAAUUGAAGAAAGUAAUAAGAGAAGAUUUUGGUGCUUUCGUUCAGAAGCUUCAGCUUCUUCCUCCGCCUCCUCCCGCUCCUCCCAAAGCUCCUCAUCCCCUUACGGGUCUUACCUUUGCUGUCUCCGACGUAUUUGAUAUUGAAGGGUAUGUCACUGGAUUUGGUCAUCCAGAUUGGGCGAGGACACAUGAGGCAGCUUCUCAGACAUCUCUUGUGGUUUCUGCUCUUGUUGAGGGAGGUGCCACUUGCAUAGGGAAAACUGUUGUGGAUGAACUAGCUUAUAGUAUCAAUGGAGAAAAUGAGCAUUAUGGUACACCCACCAAUCCUGCAGUGCCUGCACGUGUACCAGGGGGAUCCUCCAGUGGAGCUGCUGUUGCUGUAGCUGCUAAUCUUGUUGACUUCUCUUUAGGUGUUGAUACAGUUGGUGGUGUAAGAGUACCUGCUGGAUUUUGUGGCAUUAUAGGAUUCAGACCCUCAUAUGGAGCCAUCCCUAACACAGGAAUUUUACCUAUUUCAGCAAGUCUGGACACUGUUGGGUGGUUUGCCAGAGAUCCUAAUGUCAUCCGCCGUGUUGGACAUUUGCUCUUGCAAUUGCCAUUUGGAGUUCAGCGUAAUCCAAAGCAAAUUAUAAUUGCUGAUGAUUGUUUUCAACUGUUGAAGAUUCCUGUGGACAGGAUUGCUCAGGUGGUCAUUAAAUCCACUGAAAAGAUUUUUGGAAGACAAGUGUUGAGGCAUGAAAUUCUUGAGGAUGUCCUCUUUUCUAGAGUUCGUAGUUUGAAACUGUUACAUGACCAGAAAACAAAUGGUGAACUUAGAACUUCUUCAAUAAGAUUGCUUGCAAAUAUAAUGCGGCUUCUACACAGAUACGAAUUCAGACAUAAUCAUGAGGAGUGGAUUAAUAUUGAGAAGCCUAAUGUUGACCAUAAUAUCUCAGCACAAAUACAUGAAAUCGUGGACAUUCCAGACACAGAGAUUGAAAUCUUUAAAUCAAUUAGGCAGGAAAUGCGCGCAGCUAUCAAUUCACUUUUGAAGGAUGAUGGGAUUCUAGUGAUCCCUACAACUGCUCAUCUUCCUCCAAAACUUGGUGGCAAGGAUAUGCUUUCGGAGGACUACCAAAUUCUUUUAUUUAGCCUAUUGAGUAUUGCUAGCCUAUCAGGCUGCUGUCAGGUCACAAUUCCACUGGGACUCUAUGAAAAGUGUCCUGUUUCAGUCUCCUUCAUAGCCAGGCAUGGGGGUGAUCGAUUUUUAAUGGAUACUGUACAGAACAUGUAUUCAUCUCUACAAGAGCAGGUUGAUAUGCUUGCAAAGCCAAAGUCUCAUACUUCAGAUAAUCAGGAAAGAUCUGCUGAGAUGGCUAAAGAAAAGGGCAACCAAGCAUAUAAAGAAAAGCAGUGGCAGAAGGCUAUUAGCUAUUAUACUGAAGCUAUUAAAUUGAAUGGCAAAAAUGCAACAUAUUAUAGUAACAGAGCUGCAGCCUAUCUUGAACUGGGGAGUUUCCUUCAAGCUGAGGCUGAUUGUACCAAAGCUAUCAACCUUGAUAAGAAGAAUGUGAAGGCCUAUUUGAGAAGAGGCACAGCGAGAGAGAUGAUUGGUUACUAUAAGGAGGCCAUUGAAGAUUUCCAAUACGCGCUGGUGCUUGAGCCAACUAAUAAAAGAGCAGCUCUUUCUGCUGAAAGGUUAAGGAAGAUGUUUCAAUAGGUGAUCGAAGUGAAAGCAUAGGAAUGGUCAACUCUACAAACUAUGGUGCUUCUGCCAACUAAUAAAAGAGCAGCUCUUUCUGCGGAAAGGUCAUGGAAGAUGUUUCAAUAGUUGAUUUAAUUGCAAACCCUUGUCUAGGAAUGGGAAACACUACAAACUAUUAUCAGGAGCCUCGCCAAUUUCUCUGCAGCAGAUUGCUUCCUCUUAAUUGUCUCACAAGAUACCUCAAGUGCAUUGCGAGUAGAGACAGGAGAGUAAUCCGUUCUUAGUGAAAGGUAUAGAUUGUAGAUGUCUGAAGAGUAAUUUUGUUUGAUAUCUUUCCCUUUUGAUAGAAGAGGAUAAUUAUAACUAUUCUUAGAAUUUCCAAAAAGUAUUGGCACAAUUUUGUUUACUUUUAUAUUCUACAUUAGGGUUGUAAUUCUAAUUUUGAGGCAGUCUUUGUGCCUACAAUCUUUGUGUUCAUUUUGUAGCUUAUAAUAUUAUUGCUUCUUUUCCUUGCAAAA